AUGGAACAUCGUAAUCUGGUUGCAUAUCCAUUUGAACCUGGUUCAAAGCUGCAAAAAUGUGAAAAUAAAUUGACAGAUGAGGAAAACCUUGUGUUACAUCGCAUUCCUUAUCAGCAAGCUGUAGGAUCACUACUGUAUUUAGCUCAAAGCACAAGACCGGACAUUGCAUAUGCUGUGGGGGUUCUAACAGAUUCAAUUCUAAUUAUCGGAAAGUCCACUGGGAAGCGUUUCUGUGAUGCUGAUUAUGCAUCAGACCUCCAUCAGUGGCGAUCAACAACCGGCUAUAUCUUCAAGUUAGCUGCGACAGCAGUUUCCUGGACUUCAAAACGACAACAAACCGUCGCUCUAUCAACUGCAGAAGCUGAGUAUAUGGCUCCAUUAGCAGCAGCGCAAGAAGCGGAUUACCUUCAAGGAUUGCUUCGUGAAUAUGUGAAAUAUGUAAAAACCGAUAAGCAGCAAGCUGAUGUUUUGACAAAGGUAUUGCUUAAACGUAAACAUCAGUGGUGCUGUCAAGCUGUGGACUUUCACAGUUCAUGA